AUGGGUCUCUACGAUGCCUUUGGGGUCCUGGUGGUCGGCUGCUUUUGGCUUCUUUCAGCCCAGCCGGUUCCCGGUCGUGGAGACACCUUCCAAGUGGCGCCCACUCCAGAUUAUGAACUGGAGGAGGAAGAGGAGGUUCCUCGUGAUGACAUUCUUGACAUCAACCAAGGACUGAUUCCACUGGAGGCACCUGAGCACAGUUUCCUGCUUGAAGGCGAUAUUAUCAAGCUGAGCCCCUUCAAGAGCUUCUCCUCUGCCAGUCCGAGAUGGCCGAAGAGGAAAGGAAUUGUCCGAAUUCCCUACAUCGUCUCCUAUAAAUACGACCAACACAGCGUGCAGAUCAUCAAGGAAGCAUUUGAAGACUUUGAAAAAUUCACUUGCAUCCAGUUUGUCCCUUAUUCCUACCAGAGAGAUUUCGUCUCCAUCGUCCCUCUGUCUGGCUGCUUCUCCAGCGCAGGACGCAUCGGAGGCAUGCAGGUGCUGUCUCUGGCUCCAGACUGCUUGAGGAGAGGGAAAGGGGUGGCUUUGCAUGAGCUGAUGCAUGUGCUGGGCUUCUGGCACGAACACUCCAGGGCUGACCGAGACAAAUACAUCAACAUUUCCUGGAAUGAAAUCUUGACUGGUUUUGAAAUUAACUUCAUCAAGAACUGGAAUACCAACAUGCUUGACAAUUAUGACUAUUCGUCCAUUAUGCAUUAUGGGAGGAAUGCUUUCAGUAUGACUGGCUUACCUACCAUCAUCCCACUUUCUGGUCCUCCUGCAUUCCUCGGCCAAAGAUGGAACCUGAGUGUUUCGGACAUUGCAAAAGUCAACAAACUCUACAAAUGUUCUCAGGUUGCAGCCCAGCCAGGUAAUGCUCAAAAUGAGUCAAGUUCUUGACAGUAAUCAAGAGAGCUAGUUUCUUACAAAAUCUUA